CUUGGUAGGGGGGGAAGGCUUUAGUUCACUGCUGUUCAGUGUAUGGGUAGCAAGUCUCGGCAAAGAGCAUUACUCUUUCCGUGCGGCAGGCUAAAAAUAAGUCGCUGAAAACAACAAAAAAAAAUAACGAAAAAUGAAAGUAAAAUGAUUUUCAAGUUUUUCGUUUGUAUUGGCUGGUAAAAUUGGUGAAAAUGUGUUUAACGGUGAAAAUAAAGUGUUUUUCCGGUGCCAGGUUGUUGUUGUUUGUUAUUGUGUUGUUGUUCUACGAUUUUACCGAAGGUGCACAGGGGAGGAGCAAAAGGGAAUUCCUUGGAGACGAUUUGCAAGGCUACUUGAUGCAGUUCGGGUACAUGGAGAAGCGGGAAGAUGUCGCUAGUGCCUUCAUCACGGAGCAUUCAAUUAGGAGCGCGAUAAAGGAGCUACAGGAUUUCGCACACAUACCCGUGACGGGUAUUUUGGACGAAACCACGAAAAAACUGCUGAAAAAACCACGGUGCGGAAUGCCCGAUAAGAAAACUGUUCAGACCAGCGGAAGGCGGAGAAAAAGAUUUGCACUGCACGGGUCCAAGUGGCCCAAAACCGACUUGACUUGGACAGUUAGGAGUUGGGGUAACUUGAACCAAAAUGACGUGAGACGGAUAUUCACCAAGGCCUUUCAAGUUUGGUCCAAUCAUUCCAAAUUGGAGUUCAGAUAUAUGCAUGAUUAUAGUAGAGCCGACAUAAUUAUACAUUUUUACAGUAAAGAUCAUGGUGAUCGAUUUCCUUUCGACGACAAAGGCCAAGUCCUGGCGCACGCCUUUUUUCCAACCGGAAGCGGAAGUAGCGUCGAAGUCCAUUUCGAUUCAGAUGAAAUUUGGAACACCAACGGAAACCCAGACCCAGGCAGUACGAACUUAUUUAACGUUGCUGCCCAUGAAUUCGGGCAUUCGCUGGGUUUGCAACAUUCCAGUGUGGAAGAUGCGCUCAUGUACCCAUGGUACCAGGAGAUAAGUGACGGUGAAGGGUAUCAGUUGCCUCAAGAUGAUAAACAUGCUAUCCAGCAGUUGUAUGGUAGACGAAAUGGUGGUCAGAAUUGGGAUUACAUACCGAAAUACCACCCUAAACCUAGAACAACCACAACCACCACUCAAGCUCCGAGAACCAGGUACACUCCAAGACCAAAUCACCCCUAUAACCCCUACAGCGGUCACAAUCACCCUGUAUACUAUCCGAGAACCGAGAAGCCUUAUUACCCCAGGAAACAACCCAUGCACCCCACCAAAAAACACUACAACCACCCCACAAAAGACCCCAGAAAUACACAUCACAACUACCCAGAAGUAAAUCCGGAAAAACAUCCUACAAGACACCACCCUAAGCAGCCGUAUCCGGGGAACGGACCGCGCCCCGGAGCGCCGGAAAGACCGGAAGUUACCCCGACACAUCACCCAUCGAAAAAACCACCUGACACUUGCGAUACCAGCUAUGACGCUGUCGCUACCAUCCGUAAAGAGAUGUUUGUAUUCAAAGACGCUUACUUCUGGCGGAUCAGCGACCAAGGUCUUCUCCCAGGUUACCCAGCGGAAAUCACAAGGUUAUGGCGCGAUCUACCCAGAAAUUUUACCCACUUAGAUGCCGUCUACGAAAGACAAGACAACAAGAUAGUUUUCUUCAUUGGGAAGCAAUACUACGUUUUCACUGGCCAAAAAUUGAACCACGGCUAUCCUAAACCUUUAACGCAUUUAGGUCUACCACAAGAUUUACCGAAAGUAGAUGGCGCCAUGGUCUGGGGGCAUAAUGGACACACCUACUUCUACAGCGGCAACAUAUACUGGAGAUUUGAUGAAAGCGAAAAAAAGGUGGAAUUGGACUAUCCUCGAGAUAUGGCGAUGUGGAAGGGCGUUGGUAGGGAUAUAGACGCCGUCUUCCAAUGGAGAGACGGAAAAACGUAUUUUUUCAAAGGAAAAUAUUACUGGAAAUUCAACGAUCAGCAUAUGCGCGUGGAGCAUAAGGAACCAAAACUGUCAGCGCCUUUUUGGAUGGGGUGUUCGAAUAAUUUCGAGUCGAAUGAUAUAGGAGAAAAUUUGCCAUAUAAAGGUGUGGUGUCGAGUGGAUUUAAAAAUGACAUUUUUAGCGUUUUUUUUGCCUUUAAGUAUCAUAGUUACGGUAUCAAAUUAUUAUUUUUAACGGGUCGUUUCUGAAAGUAGCGACCUAAUUUAUUUAUAUACAGGGUAUUUUGGAAAUAUGUCGAAAAAUUAGUAUUUAUUUGUUGUGUUCAUACGCUCUAACUGCCUUAACAUAUCAUUUUUUUUAUAAAUUAAGACUGGUUUUAACAUUUUUUUAGUAUUUUUGUUCCGUACUAUUAUACUGUGAUAUAUUGCGCAAAACGGUUGUGUACCAACUUUAAAAAAAUAAAACCCUAAAACGAUUUUUUCAGUUUUAUGAAAAAUAUUUUUCUUUAUAUUUGUGUAUUUUUUAAUAAUAAUAUUUAUAUUUUUAAGUGUAUAUUAAAGCUUGUAAAUAUUAUUUUAAUCAAGAAAAAAUAAUGAAAUCAUAUAUAAUAGUAGUAAUAAAAGUGCCUACAUAUGAUUUUAUUAGUUCAC